AUGGCGCUAUCGAUGGAAGAAAAAACGCGAAUUAAUUAUCUCCAACAAAGAAUCAGGUUUUUUUCCAAUCAAGUUCUUAAAGUUAAGCAAUAUCUUGAGAGUACAACAGUUGAUUCCAUCAAUGCAAAGUUGCGAUUUACCAAUUUGGCCACAAUUUACGAAACUUCUCAAAAGCACAAUGACGAAUUACUAUGCAUUCAACCCGAUGAUCCUCAAAUCAACGUUUUCUUGGAGGCUGAAUCCCAAUAUUAUGAAGUAGGAAGCGCGGUUACAAAGUUACAGCAGGUCGAGCCUUUAAUGAACUCAACAAUGAACCCCAAUAACAUUACAAUUACAGAAAGACAAGACUUACCAAAACUCCCAGAAAUCAAAUUGCCGACAUUUGAAGGGAAACGUGAGAAUUGGUCCAUUUAUAAAAAUAAAUUCAUAUCUCUGGUUCAUUCUCGAACCGACAUCAGUGAUACAGUGAAAUGUAGUCACCUAUUCAAUUCUCUCACCGAUCAAGCAGCGGCUAAAAUCAGUCAAUACGAGACUAGCGGCAAAGAUUACGCAAAGGCGUGGAAGGAUCUUUUGGAUUUCUAUGAUCACAAACGAAUUGUGGCCGUAGAACAUCUUAAUGCCAUCCUUGAUCUUCCCAAACUUAACAAAGCGUCCGUCGAUGAGUUGUCCGGUCUUUUAGACACAGCUCUCCAACAUCUGCACAUUUUAGAGGGUCUCGGGGCCAAGUCCGGGGAAGACUUUGUUGUCCGCAUCAUCGAGCGUUGCCUUCCUCCAUCGGUCCGAAAUAAAUGGCAGGAUAAGCUCGAGAUGGACGAGCUUCCCAAAUUGGAUAAUCUUAUUAAAUUCAUUCGGUUAGCUAUUUUUAAACAACAAGCGCAAGACACGGUAACACCUAAUACCAAUCCUAAUCUAAAGAAGAAACGAGGGGAGAGUCCUUCUCACGCUGCAAAUAAGAAGUUCAAAGUCACUUCCACCACAUUUGCCACAACAACAACCCCUGAUUCGUCACGAUCUUGGGCAACUCCGGUAGGUUGUCCCAAAUGUAAGGAAACUCAUCGUUUGUUUAAAUGCCCGAACUUUAAUCAACUCGGAAUUCAAGAGCGUUGGAAUUUUAUCAAGAGUAUCAAGGCGUGCAAAAACUGUUUAUGGGUUCACAAAUUUCCGUGCACGAGUGAACAACGUUGCAAGAAAUGCAAUCUUAAUCAUCACACCUUAUUGCACAAUGAGAAGGGCUCUCAAGUCAAAGCCGUUGAUAAUGCACCCUCAAAGUCGAUUAAUCCUCCAUUGUGA